GGGGUUCGUGCCAUUACAUAAAGGUCAGUAACCUGCAGGUUUCCCAAGAGUGAUGAGGCUUCUAAGGUUCUGCAUAGUUUGCUAAUGCUCCCCCGUUAGUUGAUAUCCGACCCAAGCCCUAUCCGCUCCCCCAUUGCGUAUCUAUCUAGGCACCCAACCUAGGGCGAUCAGGCAGUAUGGACCACAUGGCAAUGUCGGGAACUCCCUGGCUGGACCAGCCGGUGAUGCUUCACUCCUCCCGGGCCGACACUUGCAAGUUAAAUCCGGAGCAAUGCGCUUAUCGUAGCGGGCACUGGCGAUACUGGUAUGAGGCAGAUCAUGUCUACGCCUUGGGCACCAUAUAUCUUUUUGUUGCGAUCAUUGGAAUUUGUAUGCUUGGAUUUUGGGGUCAUCAGCUUGCUCCCAGAGCUAUCAAGGAAACGUCAUGGUGGCGGAGACUGGUGGCCGGGACGCGUUUCCUAUCCUACCGGCGUUACCAUAUUACUGCCAUUCAGUGGCGUAUUCCAUCUUUAGGCAUUAUUUUCAUUUUGACCGUGGGAGCCGUAUUCUUCCUAGCGAUGACUCUAGGUCCCCAGCCCUACUACUGGCCGAACACGAGCACAACCAGUUAUGGUAGCUCCCCACCUCUCGCAACCCGUACGGGUUGGAUGGCACUAGCAUGUCUGCCAUUUAUGAUCAUACUUCCAUCAAAGGCGAACAUGAUCGCUUCUAUAACCGGCGUAUCCCACGAAAGGCUAAUUAUAUUCCAUAAUUGGGUGGGGUGGGCUAUGUUUGUUUUGGCGCUUAUACAUACAUUCCCAUUUAUUGUUUUCCAUGUGUGGAAAGGUGACAUGGUUAAUUCAUGGAAUACAGGCGUUGUAUACUGGACAGGUGUCGUUGCCUUGAUCGCGCAGGCGUACCUUCAAGUCUUCUCUCUUCGCGCUAUUCGGGAUCGGUUUUACGAGUUCUUCAAGGCCACUCAUUAUGUAGCAGCUAUCGUAUUCGUAGUAUUCUUCUUCCUUCAUUGUGACUUUCGGUUGAGCUCUUGGGACUAUUUCAUCGCCACAGGCAUCCUUUACACACUCUCCUUACUCUAUUCCCAAAUUCGAACUUAUUUCGAAUUUGGGUUUUCACAUCGCGCCAGAUUUGAGAUGGUUUCAGAUUUGGCUCUGAAAGUGACGAUCCCAAUCGAAAGUACAUGGCAGCCAGGCCAGCACAUGUUCCUUCGCUUUGUUCACAUGGGCAUUCACACCUUUUCAGCCCAUCCGUUUACAAUAUGUAGUGUGCCGGUCGUAAGACGCAACGCCGGAAAAUCAAAACUUAUAUUUUUCGUACAUCCGAGAGGGGGGCUAACAACUCGCCUCGCUAAGGCAGCGGUGCAGCGACCCGAGUUUAGCGUUCCAGUCCUCCUAGAUGGGCCAUAUGGUGGGAUUCAGGGACGUCCACUAUACACUUAUGAUCAUGCCCUCAUAAUCGCGUGUGGCGCCGGAGCGGCCCUAUCAUUGCCCUUUGUGAUGGAGAAUCUACUUCGGUCAGCCUGGCAAGCAAAAACAGAUGGCAAAAUAGUCAUAAGUAAAGUUCAGGUUGUUAUCGCCACACGGGAUAUGCACCUAGUCCGAUGGUACGAGGAUGCGUUGCUGGAGUUCCUGCAAGAAAACGACAUGGAGAUCCCCCAAACCCUAGAUAUCUCGGUAUACCAAACUGGCCGACCUGAAUCCAAGAUCAAUAGCACAUCUAAGGAUCGUGAACUGUCCGAUGAGAAAACGAAUGAUAGAAGCCCAGUUGUUAAACGACUGCCGAUUAAUGUCUUUUCGGGUCGACCAGAUAUCUCAAUGCUCGUGAAGGAUGCGACUCUCCAACCCGGACUAUCUGUGGGAAUUGUCGCUUGUGGGCCCCGGGAAGUUCUAAAAACAGUGCAGGAUGAAGCAGCGGCGGCUCAAUUGAGAGUUGUAGGCUCGAAGCCCGGUGCACGCGAAGUAUACUUGCAUUCAGAAGUUUUCUCGUGGUAAUACACAAACAUAAAAGGUCUCUUUUGUCCAACUCGCCAGAGAAUCUCCCCGAGACAUUGGGAGGGCGGUUUAAGGAGUAGCCAAAAGGAGUAAAGGGGUAAAGGGGCAAAAAGAAAACAUGUUAUCUGUCAUAAGAACAUGGCGGUGCCUAGGUACAUAUGUAUGUAGUACGUCCGUAUUAACUUCCAACAGCGAAGAUGCAUAGCACAUAAGUAAGUUGCAGUACUUAUAGGAUUCGCGUC